AUGUCCCUAUCCAGCUUUACAAUCCCUCGCGACCUCAAUCACCACGAUGCGUCCUCCUCCGAAACCGUCCCCGUCUCGUCGAUAGCAGACCUGAGCCGCGAUGCGCUCCUGCGCUUCCCCGCCUUUCGCAUCUGGCUCAGCACCCUGCAGCGGUCGUUGGGCCGGCAACAACAGCCCUCCCACGAGUUCUCGCGAGAUUCCUACGUCCUGCGCGGAAUCAGGAUCCAGGCAGUCGACUAUUUUGGAGGUGGGCGGUUGGGCUUCGUGAAGCUGAAGGCAGAGGUCUCGAAUGGGAGCGGCGAGACACUUCCGGGGAGCGUCUUCCUACGCGGGGGCAGUGUGGGGAUGCUGCUCAUCCUCCAACCCGACGAUGUCCCUCCAUCCAAUGAAGAAGAAAAACGCGUCAUCUUGACCAUCCAGCCUCGAAUCCCAGCCGGAUCCCUGGCUUUCACGGAGAUACCCGCCGGCAUGUUGGAUGACAGUGGGUCUUUUGCGGGAGGCGCGGCGAAAGAGAUCCAGGAAGAGACAGGGCUGACCAUCCCGCAAGAGGAGCUCAUCGAUCUGACGGCUUUGGCCUUAGAGCCGGGCGCCGAAGGCGAAGAGGAGGAGUCGCUGCAGAAGGCCGUGUAUCCUUCGGCGGGCGGCAGCGACGAGUUCAUCCCUUUGUUUCUGUGCCAGAAGCGCAUGCCGCGUAAGGAGAUCGAUAGCCUGCAGGGUAGGCUGACCGGAUUACGGCAGCACGGAGAGAAGAUUACACUGAAAGUGGUGCCAUUAAAGGAUCUAUGGAAGGAAGGUGUGCGCGAUGGGAAGACCCUUGCCGCAUGGGCGCUGUACAGGGGACUCAAAGAGGAGGGGAAACUCUAG